AUGGCGACGGCUGGGGUCCCGAGGCGCUUCUGCCGCUGCGCCUGCUUCUGCUCGGAGAACUUGUACGUGGCGCGCUACCGGCUCCACGUGCGCUUCCGGGGCGAGGAGCAGCUUCGCCGGGACUACGGCCCGAUCCUGCGCAGCCGAGGAUGUGUCAGCCCCCAAGACUUCCAGCAGCUAUUAGCAGAGCUCGAGGAGGAGGUGGAACGGCGGCAGCGGCUGGGGCAGGAGGCGGCUGCCAGGAAAGCCCUCAUCGCAAGCUCCUACCACCCGGUGCGGCCUCACAUCUACAACACGCUGCAGGAUGAGGCCCUGGCCCCUGAGUUUUUGGCCGCAGCUGAAUACAGCACAUCGCCGGGUGCAGACCUUGAAGGCCUUCUCCAGCGGCUGGAGACAGUGUCUGGGGAGAAGCGUAUCUACCGGGUGCCGGUCUUUACAGCGCCAUUCUGCCAGGCCCUGCUGGAGGAGCUGGAGCACUUCGAGCACUCGGACAUGCCCAAGGGAAGACCCAACACCAUGAACAACUAUGGGGUGUUGCUGCACGAGCUAGGCCUGGAUGAGCCGCUGGUGACUCCGCUGCGGGAACGCUUCCUGCAGCCACUGAUGGCCCUGCUGUACCCAGACUGCGGUGGGGGCUGGCUCGACAGCCACCGUGCCUUUGUGGUCAAAUAUGCACCGGGCCAGGACCGUGAGCUAGGCUGCCACUAUGAUAAUGCCGAACUCACCCUCAACGUGGCCCUUGGCAAGGCCUUCACGGGGGGCGCCCUGUACUUCGGGGACCUCUUCCAGGCACCUUCAGCCCUGGCCAGGCCCCUGGAGGUGGAACACGUGGUGGGCCGGGGCAUCCUGCACCGGGGUGGCCAGCUGCACGGGGCCCGGCCCCUAGGCACUGGCGAGCGCUGGAACCUUGUCGUCUGGCUCCGGGCCUCUGCUGUGCGCAACCGCCUGUGCCCCAUGUGCUGCCGGAAACCUGAGCUGGUGGACGACGAUGGCUUCGGCGACGGCUUCACUCGCGAGGAGCCCACCACGGUGGAUGUGUGCGCACUGACCUGAGUCUGGUUGGGGCCAGUGUCGGGGUGGCAUGGCAGGGCUCUGCCACCUUGGGUUGGGCAGGGCAAGAAUAAACUCCCUGCAGCCCUCAGGCACUUCUUGGUUCAAAAGGACACACAAGCCUCGGAGUCAUUCUUUCAUCAGACAGGUUGGUUUAGGUCAGGUGUGUUAGAACCAGAGCCUGAGAUGAGGAUUCCUGUGCAGGUGGUUUGUUGAGGGAAUACCUUCUGGAGAAGGGCGUGAGGGAAGGACAGGACAGGAAGGAGCUGGGCCAAGAUGUGGUUUCAGAGGGCACCUAGCUUCAGCCCAAUCCCUCCAAGUGCUCUAGAGCAUGAAUGUAGCAGUUUGCCCCCUGCAUCGGUUAUUGGCUCACAGGUGUGUCAAGGCCGGGCUGGCGGGGUGGGUGGGGAGGUGGUGGUUCCCAGUGGCCCAGGGAACCUUCCAGGGAAGAGUACAGGUAUGAGUUAGGAGACACCACAGCCUGGGUGAGUGCAUCUGUCUAUGAAGGGGAUCUGGGUGAGCCAUCGAUAGCAACUUCUAGUUGGUGUCGGGCGCUUUCCACCUAGGGGUUAAGAGCAGGGGCUCUGGAGCCAGACUGCCUGGGUUCAAAUUCUGAUCCUGCUGCUUCCAGCUGUGUGGCUGCAAGUAAGCCCCUUGACCUCUUUGUGCUUUAGUUUUCCUUAUCUGGGAAGUACCUAUCUCCGAAAGCUGUUGUGAGAGCGAAACGAUUUAAUGUAUAUAAAGUGCUUUAUAACAGCCCUCUAUGUUUGCUGUUGUUCUUGAAAAGCUUGCAACGUGGCCGCCCCCAAGUUGGAUGAACAGUGGAGCUGUGAUGGGUUUGGGCUGUACACCUGAAAACCCAGGGGUUCCCAUAUGGAAAUCUUGAGUUCCGGCCUCGCGGGGAAGGUGGGAAGGUCUGGAACACCAGGCCCCAGCCCACCCUGGAGAAAUCAGCUGGAGCAGAGCCUCCGCUGCUGCUCACGCUGGACAGGCUUGUGGCGCAUUCCCUCACAGGGGUCCCUUCCUGGCUCACUGUCAUGAUCUCUCCGGCCCUAUGGCUAUUUGUUCGCGACCUCUAUUACCAGGUGGGGACGCUGGAAUGACUAAGGUGUCCCCAGGCCUGCCAGGGUGGACAGGACAGCAGGCAUCUCAAGGAGGAAAGAGGCGCACGGUCGGGUCGCCUCCUUCCCUGGGUCUUCAGGGAGGCUGGAGAAGGGCGGUCUGAGAAGAGCGGGGAGCACGGCCGAAGCCUGGAUCCCCUGCUUCCCUCUUCCGGAGGUGGGCGAGCC